AUGGGCCCUUCCCUGCCCCUCCCCCUUCACGAGGAGUGGAAAGAUGUCGACUCGUACAUCGAAGCACUUCUCUCCUUCGCGACAUCCACUCCCCUCUUCCUCAAUCUGUGCGGUGGCGUCCAUAUCCUCGACUUCUUGACCAGUGAACCCGAUAUGUACUCGACCUUGUUCCCCGAGGACUGGCGCAGUUUCUUCCACGAACAUGACCUGUACGACAUUCUUGAUCUGGUUUUAACAGACGAUCUAUCCCCAUUCCGAUCGCCCAACGGCGCAGGCUGGAAGACACUGGAAGAAAGAGAAGAAUGGAAGAAUGGCCCAUCACCACCACCUUCAUUGCUAGACUAUAUCCACGACAUUCGCCGACUCAGCCUCCGACGCGACUUUACCUCCACCAUCCCCAAAAACACCAGCGCCAUCCCACAACGUCUCGCCAUCGGCAUGAAAGACAAAAAGCUACACGAAGUCGAACACUUCUCCAAAUACGUCGAUUCAUUCACCACAUCCGUCUCCGAAAGUCGGAAGGAACCAAUCACGCACAUAGCAGAUUUCGGGUCGGGGCAGAAUUAUUUGGGUAGGACGUUGGCGCAUUCGUAUAAUCGGCAUAUAAUUGCAAUUGAGCGCAAGCAUGCGUAUAUAAAAGGCGCGCAGGGGUUUGAUGUUUCGGCGAAAAUGGCGAAGAAGAAGGAGGUUAGGAUGUAUGAUAAGAAGAAGGAGCAGUUGAGGAAUGGUGCUGCGACUGAGGAUAUUUGCCCAACAUGUCCUCCGGAGGUCCAGCAGGGAGAAAAGGAGAGAAAGGAAGAAGAUGGGGCUGUUUUCAGUGUUUUCAAGGAACUCGACAUUAGUGCGGAGGAUUUAGCAACUGCUACAUCCAACGCUCCACACAAAGCCGAAGAAGAAGACUUAGAACCGCACGGCACAAUGGAUUAUAUCGAACACAACAUCAAAGACGGCUACCUCGAACCCAUCAUCCGGCACGUCGUCAACCCCGAUCCCGAUGAAGAUUCAUCUCAGGUCGCGACGAAACAGAACAACGCCCGCGUCCUCGUCGUCUCACUCCAUUCCUGCGGCAACCUGCUUCACCACGGGAUUCGCUCUCUCAUUCUGAACCCCUCCGUUGUUGCAAUCGCCAUGAUCGGCUGCUGCUACAACCUGCUCACCGAACGCCUCGGACCACCAACCUACAAUCUUCCUGUCUUGCGCCACAUGCACCAACGCCUUAGCAUCGGCGCAACAGCCAAAGACCCCCACGGCUUCCCCAUGUCCAACCUCUUCGAGCACUACCCCUACAGCGGCGGGGAGGGCAUAAAAUUCAACAUCACCGCGCGCAUGAUGGCCUGUCAGGCACCCUACAACUGGUCGCGGGAAGAAACCAAGGCAUUCUUUACGCGACACUACUAUCGAGCUCUACUACAAAAGUUCUUCGUCGAUCAUGGCAUUGCUCCCAAGCCUGAACUCGCCACAAUCGAUGUCUUGACUCGUGAUCAACCCCCGGUAGAAAAGGACAAUAGCUGGGAGACCAACCCGCCGCUUGUAAUCGGCACAUUACGCAAAACAGCGUACAAGACUUUCAUCACAUAUGCGCAAACAGCAAUGAACAAACUCGCCAAAGAACCCGCUCAUCGCGUGAAACUAGCGCCUAUAUUAGACAAUGAAGAAGCCACUGUUGCAGAAUUGGAGAGAUAUGUCGCAGAAUUCGAGCAUGCGCAGAAGAAUCUGAGUAUCGUCUGGAUUAUGAUGUCGUUUAGUGCUUCGUUGGUGGAGGCUAUGAUUGUGAUUGAUCGGUGGCAGUAUCUUAGGGAGCAUAUGGCUUCGGGGGUUGUGAAGGACUGUUGGGUCGAGCCGGUGUUUGAUUAUGCGGAGAGUCCGAGGAAUUUGGCUGUUAUUGGGAUCAAAAAGUAG